AUGACGGAAAUUCGAGACCAAUCGAUUCCACGCGAAGAACGGGUCCUGCUCGCCGUGAAGGCCUAUCAGCAAGGCCAAUUCGACAGCGCCCACAAGGCCGCGACGGCAUACGAUGUCCCUCAAUCGACAGUCUCUGCUCGACUGCGCGAGACUGCCCUCGUACAAUGGGUCUUGUCGAUGGACGAGCGAGGGAUGCCGCCGACAGUGGUCUACACUCGCCGCAUGGCCAACUUGUUGCUUUCGGAGCGCGGCCAAGAAACUGUCGGCGAAAAUUGGAUAAUGCAAGAAUGGUACGAUCGGGUGGCAAUGGCGAAACAGAAAUGGGGGAUUCUUGAUGAGGAUGUCUACAACUUCGAUGAGACGGGUUUUCAAAUGGGAGUCAUUGCGACGGCAAGACCAGGAAAUCGAGAAUGGGUUACCGUAAUUGAAUCUAUUAAUUGCCAAGGUUGGGCUUUGCCGGCGAUGGUCAUCUUCCAGGGCAAGGUGCACCAAGCAAGCUGGUACGGGGCAGAUGUGCCCAAGGACUGGCAGAUCGCCCCUCUGGAUGUCGGAGAAGAUGCUCGCAGGGUCAACCACAUCGAUAAAGAGGACUUCCUGCUUCUGCCUUUCCCAUUCAAUCCGACCCGGGUUCUGUCACGGUUACUAGUUCAGGUUGACAGGAAUGGCAACGACAAUGCCAACGAUGACGGCGACAAGCACACUCCAAGUCCCCAGAAAAGCUUGGAAGCCCACAAGACACCUUGCAAUGUUAGCCAGCUUACCACUCACGUGGAAGGACUUCUUCAGCGCCGGCCAGAAAAUGCGGGCACGCCGGUCUCACAAGCCAUAAACCAGCUCAUCAAAGGAUGUCAAAUGGCCAUGCAUAGUGCCGCGCUGCUCGCCGACGAAAACAGACAGCUUCGGUCAGAAAACCAGCGGCACUGA